UAGGCUGUAUCGUACAAAUUUAUGAAAACAAAAUGUCGCGUUUUGGUCUUAAUUUAAGGUUAGGGUUAGGCAUAAAGUGAGCAAUGUGGUAAAGGUUAGGACUGAGAUUAGGUUUAGCUGUAAAAAUCUGCUUUUAAGAAGAUAGAUUGUAGAAAUGGGCGGGGUUUAUGAGUUUGUGGCUGUGGUAGCUAGUGUCGACCAUCCCGAACCGAACUGGAGUUAGUGGUUUUCAGGAAAGGACACGCAUAGGAUUUCAUAAUGACAGAGCGGGUCAACAACUUCCCACUGCUGCCUAAGUUCCUGCGAAUCAAGCCCUGCUUUUACCAGAAUGUGGAGGAGGAGAUCCCAGCCCCGCACCGACAGCUGGUGCGCAGGGUCUACAACCUCUGGAUGUUGUAUUCAGUCACACUGUGUGUGAACGUGGUGUCAUGCAUAGCUUGGUGGGCAGGAGGGGGAAGUGCAGCAAAUUUUGGCCUUUCCCUGCUCUGGCUUCUUCUCUUCAGUCCGUGCAGCUACACAUGCUGGUUUAGACCUCUCUACAAGGCCUUUCGAGCUGACAGUUCCUUCAACUUCAUGGCCUUUUUCUUCAUCUUCUUCCUCCAGUGUGUUUUCACUCUCAUUCAGACUGUGGGCAUCUCUGGUUGGGGUGCUUGUGGUUGGAUCGCGACAGUGCUGUUUUUCAGCUACAACGUGGGUUCUGCUGUAGUCAUGCUAUUCUCAGCUCUGCUCUUUACUCUGGUGACUGUGUUGAUGGGAUUGGUUCUCAUCAGGGUUCAUGGGAUGUACCGUGGCGGAGGGGGCAGCUUUGAGCGUGCACAGGAAGAGUGGACCACUGGACUCUGGAAGAGUGCCCCUGUGAGAGAGGCCGGCUUAAAUGCUAUCAAUGAAACUGGCCCAAGCCUACCCCAAUACCCCGCUGUGCCAAGCUACCCAGACAAUGGCCCCUGGUAAAUAAAACCCUAAGUGGACUCUAGAUCGAGACAGAGCACUUUAUUCCAUGGCAUGCAAGAUAGUCCACCACGCCACACUAGUACAAUCUCACCUUGACACUAUAUGAAAUGCAUAGCUGGAAUUUAAGUAAGAAUGUUAAGGGGAAAAAAGGCAUAAUUAGCUGACUUAUUCAGCAGUACUUUGUUUUAGACUUAAGAGGCCACUGUUAUAGACAUUGUUUACUGGAGUGGGAAGCUUUUCCAGGGAAACACAUCUAUGCCUUAUAUUGUUGGAAAAAUGUGUGAUGGAGAUUCAAAAUAUGAUCCAUUACAUGUUUACAUUUAUUUUCUACUCUCAAAAUAUUAAUCUGUUCCCUCAUAUUUGAAAGAGCGACUGGAAAAAAAAAAAAAAAAAAAAGAUUUUCUUUUGUACUUGGAGAGCUAGGGGUCUUUAUAUUACAGUAGCAGAAUUAAUACUGUUCAACAAAAUUGAUAUGUCUGAAACAGAAAAGAAGCAAGGUGAUUCCAAAGUUUUUUUUUAAUCAAUUUUGGCAGCCAUUUUCGGUGAUCAAUUCUUGCCAGUACAAUACUGUACUUCAUGAAAUCAACAAAAGCCUUAACACUACUGGACAUGACUGAAGGAUCAGGGUCCUCUCCUUGAAGUUGGAAAUAUGGAUGUUUAUAUAGUGCAUUUUUUAUUUAGUGAUGAGAUGUAUUUAGUUUUUUAUUGAUAUUACAAGUUGUUAAGUUUUUGAUACCUUUUCUUCUUGCUUGAUCUGCUUUUGCCUUGUUUCUGAAAACUAAAUGCACCUUAAUUGUA